CGCCCGUACAUUUUCGCCUCUUUGUUUUACUGAUAGUGGAUUUAACUCGGAUUCAACCCAAUAUCCAGCGGACUGCACUGUUCCCAAACAGGCUCCAGUGAGAGGCUCUCAAUGAUGUGGAGCUAACGCCGUCAUCUUCAGAACCACAAGAACAGCCGCGGCCGCCCAGCCAUCCGCAGUCAACACAUGGCGGCACUAGGGAACCCCGACAUGCUGACCAGGAAGAUAAAGCUGUGGGACAUCAACGCCCACAUCACCUGUCGCCUGUGUGAGGGUUACCUGAUAGAUGCCACCACCGUCACUGAGUGCUUACACACCUUUUGUAGAAGCUGCCUGGUUAAGUACCUUGAAGAGAACAACACGUGCCCAACAUGUAGGAUUGUUAUUCAUCAGAGCCAUCCACUGCAGUAUAUUGGGCAUGACAGAACAAUGCAAGACAUUGUCUACAAACUGGUACCAGGACUUCAAGAGGCGGAGAUUAAGAAGCAGAGGGACUUCUAUCAGAAGCUGGGGAUGGAGGUUCCUGGCGACAUCAAAGGAGAGCUGUGCAACAUGAAGACGCACCUAGAUCAGCGCAAUGGAGAUGCAAAAUCAGAGGACACAACAAACAAGGAGGCGGGAGAGGAGAAACCAGAAGAGGACAAUGACUAUCACCGUAGCGACGAACAGGUCAGCAUCUGCUUGGAGUGUAACAGCAGUAAGCUUCGUGGCCUGAAGCGAAAGUGGAUCCGUUGCUCGGCACAAGCCACAGUCCUCCACCUCAAGAAGUUCAUCGCCAAAAAGCUUAAUCUGACAUCAUUUAAUGAGCUGGACAUUUUAUGCAACGAGGAAAUCUUGGGGAAGGACCACACUUUGAAAUUUGUUGUUGUGACGAGAUGGAGAUUUAAGAAAUCUCCCCUCCUGCUCCAUUACAGACCUAAGAUGGAUCUGCUGUAGCAGGAACGGACACACAGUGGGUUGUUUUUGGCCCAGAGGCCACAGGACUGUGCCGAACGCCCUUUUUAUUUAUGCAGAGACGAUCAACACCAAGCAAGCAACCACCCGCAGCGAAAGUCCACAAAAGCCAGCAAACUGGGAUGGGCGGUGGGGGAGACGACACAGACUCAACAAAAGCAGCAGUUUCCAGCACAGAUAUUGCUACACUGGCAGUUUUUGGAACUGAAACAACCUCUUUUUUUUUUGUCCGCUGCAUCCUAGAUAUGUGAAAAAAAAAGGAGAGAAAGCAUAUAUUUAUACUUUUGUACAGAGGAGACACGUGGAACCAAGACACUAUCGGUGCUCUGUUUACACACAACCAAGAUGUCGGGGAAUCAUAAUUUUUCUUUAUUUUUAUUUUUAUUUCUAAUUUCAGGGGGGAGGAGACUUCCUUACAGACUUCAAUGUCUCUCCACCUGACGAUAUGACUGAGGAGGAGGAGGGAAGUUUUUUUUUUUUUAUAUAUAUAAAGAUGUUUUGUUCUGUUUUUUCACAAUACACUCAACAUGUCUUGGGAGCACAGAAGGUAUAUAAAAGUUAUAUUGCAAGACAUCGUUCUUAAGCUGAUUAUCAAGCUGUGUUCUUGUCUCUGAGUUUUAUUUUUUGGCUUCCUCUAAUUUGCUAUUGGGUUCUUUGAUGAUUGUCAAUUGUGAAUAGGCAAACAUUUUGUGUAGUAAUUUAUGUUCUAUAUACCAAUAUUGUACAUAAAAUGUCAUUACAAGAGAGAUUGAAGAGAGUAAGAGAGAGAGACUUUAGACUGUUAAAUAGAGCGGAUCCCAGAAGUGCUAUCUAUAUGAUGGGUUAUAUGUAUUUAGAAUGGAGGAAAAUUAGGUUUUUAAAGACAGACUCGCU